AUGGGUGGAUGUGUGAGUCAUGAUAGAAAUAAUCAUCGGCGGCGAUCACAUUCAUCACGAAGUAGUGCAACACCUAGUGGAACUAUUGCUAGAAAUAAACCAUUAAAUCGUUCGACUUGUCGUCCGAAAUGGAAAUCAGAUGUACCAAUUACUGACACUCAAUUGCGUCGUAAACGAGAAGAAUAUUGGGAUACAGCUCCUGCCUUUGAAGGUCGUAAAGAAAUUUGGGAUGCUCUUCGUGGUGCAUGUUAUGCCAUUGAACAAAAUGACAUAGAUUUAGCUCAGUCAAUUAUUAAUUGUGCUAAUAUAUCACUGCCUCGUGGAACACUUCUUGAUUGUUAUGAUGAACUUGGUACUCGCUAUCAAUUACCUGUAUAUAUUUUAUCAGCACCAAUAAAUUUAAUUGAUGCUGAACAAUUAUCAAACAAUGACAAUGAAUCUAAUUCAAGCGAAGUUGAUCUUACAGCAACAGCUGUUGCUGAUCGUGAACGUGAUUAUAGUGACAAUCAUCAAUCAUCUAUUGGAAAUCAACAACGUCAAAUAAUAAAAUCACCAACCGAUGGACUUCAUAAUCCAAUUGUACGUGAAAUAAAAAAACACCGUCGAAAACAAAAAUCAACUGGAGAUUCAAGCAGUUAUGAAUCAUCUUCUGCUAAUGCAACUACAUCAUCAAUACCAGCACUAAAUAAUGAUCAACAAUCAAGUAUCGAUCAAGAUAUUGAAAUUCCAAUAAAAUUUCGUUUAUCAAAUGGUAAUGAACAUCGAUUAUUUUGUAAAGCAAAUGAAAAAAUUCGAAAUGUUAAAAGACGUUUGGCUAUAUUAGAAAACGGAGCCAUUGAUUUGCAAACACAACGUUUAUAUUUUGGAGGAAAAUUAUUACAUGACCGUGUAGCAAUAUGUGAAACUCGUUUACAACGAAAUUUUGUUGUACAAGUCAUAUUACAAGAUCAACCGAUGCCACCCAAUGGUGCGAUUACAACAACUGGUCAUUUAACAACUAGCAAUUAUAAUAAUUAUUCGACACCUGUUGAAUUUCCAGAUUCUUCUAUAAUGGAACAAUUUUAA